AUGUCGUCGGUGUUCAGCGGCGAUGAGACGGCCCCCUUCUUCGGCUUCCUCGGCGCCGCCGCCGCCCUCAUCUUCUCAUGUUCGUUCCCCCUUCCCCCAUCCUCCUCUUCCACCCGCGCACUCAAUCGAUUCCGUACCCAAAGCUCUAGUUUUUCCCCAAGAAAGUUCGAAUUUUUCAGCGUCCAUAGCCCGAUCUGUCGCCGGAGUUCCGUGGUUCGGCUCGAUCUGACCGAGCCCCAGCUUCCGGUCAGCGCGAUUCCGGGCGCGCCGGUGCUGGAUCUGCCCGAUUCGGUCCCGGUCGGGUGCGGGAUUCCAGAAAUCGACGGGCUUUUUCGGUCGGGCAGCGGGGCAGGCAUGGGCGCGGCGUACGGGACGGCGAAGAGCGGCGUCGGCGUGGCGUCGAUGGGUGUGAUGCGGCCGGAGCUCGUCAUGAAGUCCAUCGUGCCCGUCGUCAUGGCUGGUGUGCUCGGUAUCUACGGCCUCAUCAUCGCCGUCAUCAUCAGCACGGGGAUCAACCCCAAGGCCAAGCCCUACUACCUCUUCGAUGGCUACGCCCACCUGUCGUCCGGGCUUGCCUGUGGCCUUGCUGGGCUUGCGGCUGGCAUGGCCAUCGGCAUUGUCGGUGAUGCUGGAGUCAGGGCAAAUGCACAACAGCCGAAGCUUUUCGUGGGCAUGAUCCUCAUCCUCAUUUUCGCAGAAGCGCUUGCUCUCUACGGUCUGAUCGUUGGAAUUAUCCUUUCAUCCCGUGCUGGUCAAUCCCGGGCGGAAUAA